AUGAUUGGUGAUGACAAGGAGCUGUUAGAUGCUGUCUGCAAUGUCGGAAAACCAUUGUUCCUAUUUACUGUGAUUAGUGAAACCUCUGUUUGCUCAACCCAACAUGCAUGGAAUCCGAGACCCGGUAUUUUAAUCAAUCAUCCUGAUGGCAUUGAUGUCUAUGCUGGCGUGCCAAAGGACUAUACUGGCAAGAAUAUGACAACCGAUAACUUCAAUGGGGUGCUUCUAGGCAAUAGAAGUAGUGUACGUGGUGGCAGUGGGAAAGUCGUGGAUAGUAAACCCAACGACUAUAUAUUCAUAUACUUCUCUGGUCAUGGAUAUACUCCUAAAGAGGGUAGAACUCGUCUCGAGAUGUCGUGGAGUGACAUUGAGGCCCCUCUAUUAUUUAAGGUCCUAAAACAGAAAAAAGCGUCUUGUAGUUUCAAAAAGAUCCUUAUCUACUGUGAAACGUGUGAUAGCGCUAAUUUCUUUAUGGAUUUACCCGAAGACCUGAAGACUUAUGUUGUUACAGCAUCAGACAUAGAUGAAGGAAGAUUGCCCUAG